AAGAUGAACUGUGGCUCAUAAACAACAGUAGAAACAAGCUACAAUUUUAAGGUGUAGCUUUGGGGGAGAUUAUAUCCUCAUUAGGAUACACCGAAUCGCCAAGAAAAAGAAUCAAAACUGUGCCAUGGCAAUGGAGCUAAUCGAGGAGGAAUCGCGAGUGGACUUCCUGCCCGGAGCGGAGGAGGAGGCGGAAUUCGAGCGCCUGUAUGCGGCACCCGCUGAGAUUGUGGCACUUUUGUCCAUUUUCUAUGGCGGCAUCAGUAUUGUGGCUGUCAUUGGCAACACCCUGGUCAUCUGGGUGGUGGCCACCACCCGGCAAAUGCGAACGGUCACUAAUAUGUAUAUCGCUAAUUUGGCCCUCGCCGACGUCAUUAUUGGCCUAUUCUGCAUACCAUUUCAGUUUCAGGCUGCCCUGUUGCAGAGUUGGAAUUUGCCAUGGUUCAUGUGCAGUUUCUGCCCCUUCGUCCAGGCACUAAGUGUCAACGUCUCGGUUUUCACUCUGACCGCUAUUGCCAUCGAUCGCCAUCGGGCCAUCAUCAAUCCACUGAGGGCACGACCCACCAAGUUCAUAUCAAAGUUCAUAAUUGCGGGUAUUUGGCUGCUGGCCCUCCUGUUUGCUGUGCCCUUUGCUAUUGCGUUUCGGGUAGAGGAGCUAACCGAAAGGUUUCGUGAGGAUAAUGAGACCUUUAAUAUGACGAGACCGUUCUGUAUGAACAAGAACCUAUCGGAUGAUCAACUGCAAACAUUUCGCUAUACCCUGGUCUUUGUGCAGUAUCUGGUUCCCUUCUGUGUAAUCAGCUUUGUCUACAUCCAAAUGGCGGUGCGAUUGUGGGGCACGAGGGCCCCGGGCAAUGCCCAGGAUUCGCGGGAUAUAACCCUGUUAAAAAACAAAAAAAAGGUCAUUAAAAUGCUGAUCAUCGUGGUAGUUAUCUUUGGCCUUUGCUGGCUGCCGCUGCAACUCUAUAAUAUUCUCUAUGUGACGAUACCGGAAAUCAACGACUACCAUUUCAUUAGCAUCGUCUGGUUCUGCUGCGACUGGCUGGCCAUGAGCAAUAGCUGUUACAAUCCCUUUAUUUAUGGCAUCUACAACGAAAAGUUUAAGCGUGAAUUUAAUAAACGCUUCGCCGCCUGCUUCUGCAAGUUCCAAACAAGCCUGGAUGCCCACGAAAGGACCUUCUCGAUGCACACGCGUGCCACCUCCAUAAGGUCGACCUACGCCAACUCCUCGAUGCGGAUUCGGAGUAAUCUUUUUGGGCCAGGUCGCGGUGGCAUUAACAACGGCAAAAACGGCCUGCACUUGCCGCCGAAUGGCCUUGCUGGCAAUAACGGUAGUGCGACGAGUGGUGUAUUUAACGGCAGCCAGAACAAUGGCCACGGGCAGCAUCACCACCAAAGUGUGGUUACCUUUGCAGCCCUGAAUUCGGGCACAGGUUUUCAUGGGCAGGGAACCGCGAUGGCACCGUGGCGCCGGAACAACUUUAAGCCCCUUCAUCCGAACGUCAUCGAAUGCGAAGAUGAUAUGGCCCUCAUGGAAAUGCCAUCGACGACGCCGCCCAGCGAGGAGAUAGCGGUCAGCAGCGCCACGGGAGUCCAAUUGGCCCUGCUCAGCAGGGAGAGCUCCAGUUGCAUCUGCGAGCAGGAGUUUGGCAGCCAGACGGAGUGCGACGGUACCUGCAUCCUCAGUGAAGUUUCCCGGGUCCACUUGCCCCCACCAGGUACUGCUUCGAUUGGGAAAUCCCUCUGGCAGCCUCUAUAAUCAAACUAAAAGGGAAAAUAAUAAUAUAGAGUGAUUUAAGUUAGCUCUGUGAUUUCGUCUUAAUGAAUUGUGAUGGCAAGUCCCCUCGAUGAUGGAUGGGCGUUCGAGUCGCAGGACUCGAAGGAUUUGUAUUGAUUGGGUGUGAAUGCUGGUCGUGAGCCAUGUACAGUAUUAUAAUUGCUAAAUAUAUUGUAACUUCGAGAUGCGUUCCUUAAAGCACAAUACCAUUUGUUUGUCGUUCUUUCAAAGCCAAAAUUCACCAAAUCAAACUCGGAAUAAGUAUUACAAUAAGCACCUGAAAUCAAUUAAGUAGCAUUACAUUAAAUUAUUGAGAUAGUUGUUAAAUGAAAAUCCGAUUAUGUAUUAAAACCACGGCACACAUACAAAGUAGUAUGUAUGCUAAUGAAAUGUACAAUAUUUGUCAUAAAAAAAGGAAAACAAAAAAUCUGAAAGGCUAAUUAAUGUAAUUAUUAUUGUAUUAAAUUACCAAAUGAAAACGAAUAAACUUUUCGAGUC